UUCCUGCCCCGGGACAGAUUGGCCCGGAUAGGCCCCGCCCAGGCUGCUUCCUGAUCUGCAGGCCGGCAUGGCGCGCGCCCCUGGGCCCGAGCGGCAGCUGCUGGUCCUUUACACCGGCGGCACCAUUGGCAUGCGGAGCGAGGGCGGUGUGCUGGUCCCCAGCCAAGGCCUGGCGGCUGUGCUGCGGACGCUGCCCAUGUUCCACGACGAGGCGCAUGCCCGGGCCCUGGGCCUCCCAGAUGAUACCCUGGUGCUGCCCCCUGCCAGCCCUGGCCAGAGGGUCAUCUACACAGUGCUGGAGCACCAGCCCCUCCUGGACUCCAGCGACAUGACCAUCACUGAGUGGGUUCAGAUUGCCCAGACCAUAGAGAGACACUACGAACAGCACCACGGCUUCGUGGUCAUCCACGGCACCGACACCAUGGCUUUUGCUGCCUCCGUGCUGUCCUUUGUGCUGGAAAACCUGCACAAACCUGUCAUCCUCACUGGUGCCCAGGUGCCCAUCCAUGCGCUGUGGAGUGACGGCCGGGAGAACCUGCUGGGGGCGCUGCUCAUGGCCGGCCAGUACAUCAUCCCUGAGGUCUGCCUGUUCUUCCAGAAUCAGCUGUUUCGGGGCAACCGGGCAACCAAAGUGGACACCCGGAGGUUUGGGGCCUUCUGCUCCCCCAACCUGCCUCCGCUGGCCACUGUGGGUGCAGACGUCAUGGUCUCCCGGGAGCUGGUGCGGAAGGUCAUCUGGAAGGGCCCACUGGUGGUGCACAGCAGCAUGGAGCGUGACGUGGGGUUGCUGCGCCUCUACCCCGGCAUCCCUGCCUCCCUGGUCCGGGCCUUCCUGCGACCCCCUCUCAAGGGUGUAGUCAUGGAGACCUUCGGUUCCGGCAACGGGCCCACCAAGCCCGACCUGCUGCAGGAGCUGCGGGCGGCAGCCGAGCGUGGCCUGAUCAUUGUCAACUGCACCCACUGCCUGCAGGGCACUGUGACCCCGGGCUAUGCAGCAGGCUUGGCUGCAGUGGGCACUGGCAUUGUCUCAGGCCUCGACAUGACGUCAGAGGCCGCCCUGGCCAAGCUGUCCUAUGUGCUGGGCCGGCCGGGGCUGAGCCUGGAUGACAGGAAGCAGCUGCUGGCUAAGGAUCUUCGCGGGGAGAUGACGCUGCCCACGGUGGACAAGCGCCAGUCCUCUCUGCAGGGCAGCACGCUGGGUCACAGUGUGGCCUGUCUCCUGGGUCUGAGUAGUGGCCAGGAAGUGGAUGCCAUGUGGAAUGCCCUGACACCCAGCUUGGCCCUGGCCGCAGCCCAUGCAGGGGACCUGGAGGCUCUGCAGGAGCUUUUGGAGCUGCUAAGCCCCGAGGACAAUGACCUGUGCCUGGAGGACCUGAGUGGCCAAACUCUAUUGCAUGCGGCCGCAAGGAAGGGCCAUGUGGGGGUGGUCACCAUGCUGCUGCACAGAGGCGCAGAUGUGAAUGCCCGCGACCAGGAUGGCCUCAGCCCGCUGCUGUUGGCUGUUCGGGGCAGGCACCGGGGUGUCAUCCAGCUGCUGCGAGCGGCCGGGGCCCACCUGUCCCCCCAGGACCUGGAAGACAUGGGAACAGAGCUGUGCAGGCUGGCAUCCAGAGCGGAUAUGGAAGGUCUGCGGGCAUGGAGCCAGGCCGGGGCUGACCUGGAGCAGCCGGGCUAUGAUGGGCGCAGCGCUCUGCAAGUCGCACAAGCUGCUGGGAACCUGGAGGUGGCUGCCCUGCUGCAGAGCCUGAAGGGUGCAGGCCCUGUGAGUACCCUGGCCACACCCCCUCAUUGAGUGCCCAUGGGUCCAGGGAGGCUGAAGCAGGCAGGGCUCCUGUGCUGCUGGGAGGGCUGCAGUGUUGGGGGGAACAGGGGUUGGGGUUGUGAGGCUGAGACCUAGCCCAGACCUGUGUUCCAGCCAGUCAGCAGCUCAGGAACAGAAGGCCCCACUCUGGAGCCUGCCACCACUGCCCUGUCCACCAUCCGGUGCUCCUGGGUCCUCGGGCCUGGUGGAGCCGUACACAGCACUGGGCAGGGUUGUGGCAGAGCCCUGCCUCCAGGUACCUCUGGGCCUGCACAGGUCUCAGACUGCCUGU